AUGAACGGCGAUGCCCUGUGCCAGGAGCCCUCCUCCCCACUCCCCGACUGGAGGGAGUUCUGCGAGCUGCAUGCCCAGGCAGCCGCCGUCGACUUUGCCCAGAAGUUCUGCCAGUUCCUGAAGGAGAACCCCCACUACGACACCCCAGGGGCAGAGACCUCCUUCUCCCACCAUUUCGCUGCCAACUUCUUGGACAUCUUCAGCCUGGAGGUCAGCAGGGUGUUCGUGUCCGACUCCCCCACCAAGUACAACAUCGUGCCCUUCGUGGGGCUGCAGAACUGCCACGUCCCCUACGGGCGGGAGGUGACCCCGAGGAAGGAGGAGACAUCCACCGAGUCCCUGGACAGCAUGGACACCCCGCUGGGUGCCAGCAGGUACCUGACCCCAGCGCAGCAGGUGCAGGCACGUAAGGUGUCCUCCUACGGCCAGUCCCGCAGCUCGGAGGAUGUCUCCAUCCAUGCUGCUGCCAAGCCCAAGUUCAAGAAAGGCUUCUCCUUGAGGAACAUGAGCUUGUGCGUGGUGGACGGUAUGAAGGAGAUGUGGCAUCGCAAGUCCUCUCCGGAGCCGGGCACUGAGGCUGCUCCGGGCGGCCGCAGAGCCGAGAGGGAGCCGUGGCCAGCUGGGGGCAAGGAGCCUGGUGACCCACGGGAGAAAUGGACCCACAAGCUGCGCCUGUCCAAGGUGCCCUCCUCCAAGGUGGAGCUGGUGGACAUCCAGAGGGAGGGAACGCUGCGCUACAUGGUGGCUGAUGACACGAACUGUGUGGGGAGCUCGCAGUGGCAGAAGUGCCGUCUCCUGCUCCGGAAAGCAGUGAAAGUGGAAGGAGAGAGGUUCCUCCUUGAGUUUUAUGUCCCUCCAAAGGCUUCCAAACCCAAGGUGAGCAUCCCUCUGUCAGCGAUCAUCGAGGUCCGCACCACCAUGCCACUGGAGAUGCCUGACAAAGACAACACCUUCGUCCUAAAGGUGGAGAAUGGGGCCGAGUACAUCCUGGAGACCAUCGAUUCCCUGCAGAAGCACUCCUGGGUGGCAGAUAUCCAGGACUGCAUUGACCCGGGGGACAGUGGGGACGACAUUGAGCUGGUGUCCUGUGCACAGGGACCCUGUCUGCCAGGCAGGACGACCUCCUCCAGCUGCGAGUUCCUGGCUGACGAUGUGCCCAGGCCGCCAGACAGAUGUGCCCUGCCCAGUUCUCACAACACCGCCACGGCCACCGCUGUCCCUACGCCCCACGGCCGGAGCAGGGACUCCCUGGGGGAGCUCCUCACCCAUGUGCCCCUGGAGAGCUUCCUGCAGACACUGGAGUCCUCCCCUGCCACUGGUGGGCAUCUUGCAGGGGAGGACAGCGAGGCGGAGGCAGAGAUCAACCUGUCUGACUUCCCCUGGUUCCAUGGGACUCUCUCAAGGAUCAAGGCAGCUCAGCUGGUGCUCUUUGGGGGUGCUCGGAGUCAUGGCUUGUUCGUCAUCCGGCAGAGCGAAACACGGCCGGGGGAGUACGUGCUGACCUUCAACUUCCAGGGGAAAGCAAAGCACCUCCGCCUGUCGCUGAAUGAGAGUGGGCAGUGCCACGUGCAGCACCUCUGGUUCCAGACCAUCUUUGACAUGCUGCGCCACUUCCACACACAUCCCAUCCCCCUGGAGUCAGGUGGCGCGGCCGACAUCACCCUCCGCAGCUACGUGGUGGCCCAGAGCCCACAGCCCG